AUGCCAUCAGACAUCCAAGUCUUUGUGAAGUGGAAAGAUCAGACAAUAUUUGCGGGGGAAGAUGUGGAAUGCACUAUUACCUUCAAGAACGUUGCGGAGACGAACGUGGAACUCCAUCCCGGGGGUCCGACCUCACACCACAGACAACCUUCGCGAGCUACAAGCACGCACUCCGAGUCGUUAUUCUCGCUGAAAUCACCUCAGAAAUUCUUCUUCAGUCCGCAUCGUCGCUCGUACUCCACAGCAGCUAAGAAAAGCUCGUCGCACCGCCUUUCUUCCUCGGUGAGCUCGCCGUUGAUCGGUUCGCACAGCUUCCCUCCUCCGUCAACUCCUCGCAAUGGCUCAGCCGUCGGUGGCAAGCAUAAACGAUCGGUCUCUAUACUCUCCAUCGAUAGUGAAGGAACCGGGGAGCCGACACCCCGGACAUCAUCACAAUUCAGCCACCCCCGACCACUAAGGCGCCAUGGGCGCGCGGCAAGUUUACAGGUCUUGCCAAGGAGAUAUGAGGCAUAUGAGGAUCAGUCCGCAAUAGGUGGGCGCAGUCCCGUUCGCAGCUUCCCACCUACGGAGUCCUCAAUUCAUUCAUCCCCCGGGAACCCCAGAAUUGACAUCGACGGUCCGAAUGACACCAGCCGCCGUGGCUCGAAUAUCUACAGUCCUAAUCGAUCAAUUGAACCACCUCGUACCCCUGUGCGUCGGCCUCCAUUGUCACCGAUUGAAUUCAAAUUUCCGCCGUCCCCAGCUGCCGACACCAACAGCCAUUUAGGCGUAUCAACAUUAACAUCACCAAUCGAAGAGAAUCCCACAGCACCCAGACCCAAUGGGAAGGAAAUGACGGCUUUAGCGGCACCGGGACAUUUGCCGCAGCUAACGAGAAUCAUGUCAACUUCCAGCCUGGCUGGAAGUCACAGAAGUAGUGGAGAUUACAACUCGAUCAGCGACAAUUCAUCAGAGACUCUUCAGUCCGAGUACACAAACUAUUCCACGACAGUGCCCCGCGCGCCUAUUGCAUCGCGUCACUCACGACAUGUGUCAAGCGUGGAAUCUCCAGGGCUUUCGCCCUGCAGCCAGACACUGCUUAUGGGCUACGCGCAGAUCAGCGCUUCAUUUACUGUCGAUGGCUCUCUGAUCCACCAAUCUAUCUUUGAGGAAGUCAAGCGGAAAGGUGUCGUUGGGGGAGCAGGGAACGCAGCCGGUCUGCCCCGUGGGAAACCAGCUGCAAGCGAAGAAAAGAGCCGCAAAAGCGGCGGCUUCUGGGGAGCAUUCAAAUGGAAUGCAAUUGAGGAGUCUUUGAGUGGACUCCUUUCUAACAACGAACUGGAUGGCUUGCGAGACAUGCGGGGCGUCUCGUCAUCUCGAUCGAUACCACUACUUUCCACAACGCAAUCGCUUCUCUUCGUAGACUUGCGACUGGCACCUGGGGAGGAGCAGUCGUAUUCAUUCUCUUUCACUCUUCCAAGUGGCUUGCCAGCUAGCCACAAGGGGAAAGCGAUCAAGAUAUCCUACAAUCUGGUCAUCGGCACACAACGGCCGAGUAGUCGUAACGAGCUGCAGCGGGUGAAUCGCAUCAGCAUCCCUUUCCGUGUGUUCAGCGGAGUCAAUGGCCAGGGAGAUAUCAUGGGCCAUGAUUUGAUGAGCCCCUAUGUGCUGCUCCGGGACGAAGCCAGGGUACAGAAGGUCGGAACGAACCCAGCUCCAGUAGCGAAGCCCAAAAGCAUUAGUGGCCCUACGUGGACGUCAGCUCCAGAAUUCCUGUCAUACGUGGACGACAUCCUUGAAAAAGCCUCUCGAAACAACUCGCUGCACCCACCCGAAGCUGCUGCGGAGCAUCGAGCAAGUCACGAUCUGGCGACGGGUCGAUUAUCCUGCAAGGAUGCCAUUGACCUCGCCAUCCUUCGAAGCAAUCAAGCGCUUAAUUCAUCUCGCAGCCCCAAUCGGUUCGAGAUCGCCCGCGAUGGACGCCGAAUCGCCGUUGUUGUCCUUAAUCGCCCGUCUCACCGACUAGGCGAGACGAUUAUAGCCACCGUGAACUUCGCAGAUGCUGCACUUCCUUGCUACGCUCUGCGCGCCACCCUUGAGAGCUCCGAGCGGGUUGCUCCGGCUCUGGCUAUCCGAUCGAAUGCGAGCAUCCGUCGUGCGACUCGCAAGGUCCAUGCCUCGUAUUUUGAGAACACGCUCUACGCGACCCGCGUGGUCUUCAGUCCAGCAAUCCCUGUCUCUGCGACACCUACGAUUCUUACCACUGGAGUGAAUCAUGAAUGGGAACUCCGAUUCGAGUUCGUUACUAGUAAUGCCCAUGACGGGUCAGCGCCAUCGGGCUCGCGUUUGUUGGAGGCCGUAUCUGGAGACGAACGCGGACGGGUCAUGUCAGCCUUGGAAAACCUGGGGUGUGAGUCGUUUGAGAUCGCAAUCCCGAUCACGAUUUAUGGCGAGACAGUCCGGGAGCGGCUGCCAGAAGAAAACGAAGGAUACGCUAUUUGA